CUCUCGCCCCGUGUUGUUUCGAAUCAUCGGGCAUCGACGAACGUCGUGGAUUCCCGUUCCUAACUCUCGAUGCCUGUCGGAAACCUAGAAUGCCGGGGAUUUCUCGAAUCGGUCGGUUACGAUUUCCAUUCUUAUAGGAGGGGGAGGUUCGAUGGAUAGUCAAUAAUACGCUGAGUUUGAUGAGAUCAUUUCUCGGGUACAUUGUGCGCAAUGAACAGUGCUUGACAAGCUUAGCUCCUGAAUAGGAACUAUACGCUACACGAAGGCCUAUCUGUUGGGCCUGCUCGGUGAGCUCCGGAUGAAUUGCGCCGCGGUCGAGAUGAGUCUGGUGUUACGAACCGGAUAGUACUGAUGCCCCAUUAUUGGCAACUGACUAUGCUCCUUUUUGGCAUUAGGAAAUGGGAUUAAUUUGCCCUGAUAGUUGGUCCACUGCUAUUGCAUCCCUCCUUCUCUUAACGUGUCCGCUGGUACUGCUUGUCUAGGGUGGGCUUAAGCCCUGGUAUGCUGGUUUCAGGGAAGCAACUGCAUAUUCAGUUCCUUGAAGUAGAAAUUGCUCAUUGCGCACGGUUGUUGUUCAUGUGGUGGAGGGUAGUAAUGCAUGUUGAUGGCCCAUUCUGUGAUCUUCAUUUGGUGAAAACUUUAUUGGAAACAGUUGUUGUGCGUUAAAGAGUAGUUGCGAUGGAUUUUGGCAAUAGAUGCUUCGCCAUUUGAUAUGUCUUCCACAGAGCGUCCUAUCACGGGUGUAAGCUAUUACGGGUAUGGGUAUUCACACGGGAGUAUCUUAAGGAGGAUGGCUAAUUCAUCUGCGGCGUAAGCCAGUAGAGCAAAUUGGACACAUAAGGAGCAAGAUUGAAAGAGUGUGAAAGGGGGUGGGGGUACUAUUUUUGAAGCGUGGCCACGGCUACUAGAGGAAGCAUGAGUAAUAUGCUUGGCUCUCAAAUUUCAUUUACUGAUCAUGAUGCUGCAUCAUCAGAGUUGCUGUCGAGAAGGUCCAACUGUGGAAAAGUAGCUACUGGCUUGGGAGGAAGUGCAUGGACACCCUUAAAUGAGGAUGUGCACGAUCUACUUGAAUGUCCUGUUUGUGUGAAUUUGAUGUACCCUCCCAUUUACCAGUGUCCAAAUGGCCACACUCUAUGUUCAAGCUGCAAGACCAAACUCGAGAACCUAUGUCCAACUUGUCGCCAUGAGCUUGGAGAUAUAAGAUGCUUGGUGCUAGAAAAAGUAGCAGAAUCCCUAGAACUCCCUUGCAGAUUUCAGCUUCUGGGGUGUAGGGGCAUAUUUCCGUACUACGGCAAGCUUAAGCAUGAAAAGAACUGUAAACAUCGUCCCUAUGCUUGCCCUUAUGCUGGAGCCGAUUGUUCUGUUACUGGUGACAUCCCACUUCUUGUCAUGCAUCUUAAGGAUGAUCACAAUGUUGACAUGCAUGAUGGAUGUACCUUUAACCACAGAUACGUCAAAUCCAAUCCACGAGAAGUCGAGAAUGCUACAUGGAUGUUGACUAUCUUCAACUGUUUUGGUCGACAAUUUUGCUUGCACUUCGAGGCUUUUCAGCUUGAGAUGGCUCCUGUUUAUAUGGCCUUUCUACGCUUUAUGGGCAACGAGGAUGAAGCGAAGCAGUUUAGCUACAGCCUUGAAGUCGGGGGGAAUCGCAGAAGGUUGAUAUGGCAAGGCAUCCCGAGGAGCAUUCGAGAUAGCCAUAGGAAAGUCCGAGAUAGUCAGGAUGGUCUAAUAAUCCCAAGAACCUUGGCACUGUCCUUUUCUGGUGGUAAUGGACAGGAACUGAAGCUCAAGGUCGCGGGCCGCAUAUGGAAGAACAGUGAUGUAGAAGGCGGCUAUUGCUCAUGACUUGAAGCUUUCUUUAGCCGGUAAGAGAGGCUCGCGAGUCUUCCACAAGCAGGUACAGGUGCACAAUUGCGAGCGGUUCUACUUAAUUCCACGGGAGAAAAGCUUAGCUUAUUCGUGUCUUGGGUGUGUUAAUGUAUGACGACUGUAACAUGAUUAUUUCGGGCUAAGCAGCUAGCAUUUGAAGAUUAGUAUUCAAACAAAUGGCGUCAAGAAGAAUAGUUCAUUUGGAAUCGAAUCGAUUUCGGGAUUUAGCA